AUCUGGACCGAUUUUAUCGACUCGCGUGACAUGCACUCCAUUUCAAGAACCCAUUUCAUGUUCUGUAUUUUAAAGUUCAAGAACUCCAUCGAACUCGUUUUCGUUCAUCCGAAGAGCCGACACACGUGGAGACCUCUUUUUGCUCCAAAUCCCUCGGCGCCCAAAAUGGCGCCCAAGAAGACCUCGUCUCCGCUGAAGAGCGCCGGUGGGGCAGUGGUGGCACCCAAAGGGGAGUCCAAAGCUGAGCCGAAAGCAGCACCCAAAGCGGAGCCGAAGGCAGCGCCCAAAGCUGAGCCGAAAGCAGAGCCCAAACCCAAAGCCGAGCCUAAAGCGUCGGCACCAGAGGCAGAGGAGAAGGAAGCUCCAAAGGAGGUUCCACCCGAAUGGCCCAAGAAAAUUGACUUCAAGGAGUUGGCCAAUGAGGUGGCAUUGGCUGGGAAGUGGGACAAGACAGCGCUGGUCGUUUGCAAUGGUCAUGCAAAAGAAGCAGACACAUUUUUCAAUUACUCAGGUUUCGGGCAGAUCGAUGCGAAGUGGGUCUUGGGAGAGACCACCAUCAAGAAGACCAUGUCGGUGGAGGAGAUGCAAGAGGAGUUAAGACGAAGAGUGGUUGGAGCACUCAAACACGGCCUUCCAAUGCAUGUGGCCAUGGCGAACACCGCAGUGGCCUUCAAAGAGAAGUUCUGUUCGGAGGGCAAACUGCCUCCGGUCUUUUUUAAGCUCAAGGACUUCAAAGGCGAUCCUGAGAAGUCAGAGGAAGAGCAUCCCUACCGGAAGAUGGUGACAGAGGAGGACCUCAAGGAUUGGCCUGGUGCCUUUCCGGGACGCAUGAAGGAAGGCUACUACUUGGUGGUCACCACGGAUUUUGACCUCAAGAGCGCCAAAGAAUUCCUCUCAGAUGCCUUGCCUUUUCUGGACGACAUGGCCAUCAUCGAGAUUGAUCCCAAUUCCUUUGGCUAGCAAAGGAACUAAGCCGACCAAAUUCACUUUGAAAAAAGGGUCUGGAGAAGUGGGAGGGGUGUGGUUAUUGCAUUCUAUCACC